GUGGUUUUUCUUGCGGGUGUUCUUCCUGCAACAAAAAAAAAAAGCGGCGGUUCCUCCUUCAGGCCUUGCAGAGCCCUAGUGCUAUUCCUUCGUAUGGUUCUUUCUUUGGGCGGUUUCCUGCGGGUGGAUCUUCUUUCGAUGGGUCUUCCUGCAAAACAAAAAAAAAAGGUGGUUCUUCCUUCGGGUGGUUCUUCCUUCGAGUGGGGUGGCUUUUCCUACAG